GAAACGUGUAACAUUCAUGUGGAUGAAUCAGUGUAUUGUGCAGACAUGAGGUCCCCCCUGUUGGUACUUCUCUCCCUGCUCCUGGAAGCAAGGAGUGAUGUCACAGGGGCAGAGGUGGAGAGGAAGCCCAACUUUGUUCUGAUGAUGGUGGACGACCUGGGCAUUGGUGAUAUAGGAUGCUACGGUAAUGAUACCAUCAGGACUCCUAACAUAGACCGACUUGCUUCUGAAGGGGUAAAGUUGACACAGCACAUUGCAGCUGCUCCUCUCUGCACCCCGAGCCGGGCCGCUUUUAUGACUGGGCGCUAUGCUCUCCGCUCGGGAAUGGGCAGCACAGGCCGUGUACAGGUGCUGUUCCUUGGAGGUUCAGGGGGGUUGCCACCCAGUGAGACCACCUUCGCUAAGAGGCUGCAGCAACAAGGAUACACCACCAGCUUAGUGGGAAAGUGGCACUUGGGUGUGAACUGUGAACACAGAGGGGACCACUGCCACCAUCCGAACCAGCAUGGUUUCAGCUACUUCUACGGCCUGCCGUUCACCCUCUUCAAUGCCUGUGUGCCCGGGCAGGGCAGUGACGUGCUGGAAGACCUACAGCACACACUCCAAAAUCUUACCAUGGUGCUUGGUCUGGGACUUUUCACACUGGUGUGUGCCCAUGUGUGUGGCCUCCUGGACGUCAGCCUCUGGCUCCUGGUAGCACUUUGUUUUCUUACUAUCCUAGCGACCGCUGUGUGGUAUAUACCCUUUGAACUCCUGCCCACCUGGAAUUGCAUCAUCAUGAGGAACCAAGAAGUGAUCGAGCAGCCAAUGACGGUGGAGACACUGCCCCAGAGGUUGCUGGGAGAAGCACAAAAUUUUAUAAAGAGGAAUGUUGAUCGUCCAUUCCUCCUCUUAUUCUCACUGGCACAUAUCCACACGCCACUCUUCAAAACCCCCGCAUUUGCUGGCAAAAGUCGCCAUGGUCGCUAUGGUGACAACCUAGAAGAAGUGGACUGGCUCAUCGGUAAGAUGACAGAGACGGUGGACUCCCUCGGCCUGGCAAACAAUACUCUGAUGUACUUUACAUCAGACCAUGGUGGAUACCUGGAGGAUGCUGAUUCGCUAAUCGGCCAGAAAGGAGGCUGGAAUGGCGUCUAUAAAGGUGGGAAAGCUAUGGGGGGCUGGGAGGGGGGGAUCAGGGUGCCUGGUAUUUUCCGCUGGCCUGGCAGACUGGCAGCUGGAAGAGUAGUAGAUGAACCCACUAGCCUCAUGGACCUGUAUCCAACGCUGAAAUAUUUGGCCAAGGACACUCAACCCGACAGACAGUUAGACGGCUAUAACCUCAUGCCAUUGUUGGAGGGGAAGGUAGAGCGAUCAGAGCAUGAAUUCAUGUUCCACUACUGUGGAAUCUACCUGAAUGCAGUACGCUGGCACCCAACUGGAAGUGACUCUGUCUUCAAGGUGCACUUUUUCACUCCAAACUUUUCUCCCCCGGGAGCUGGUGGAUGCUAUGACACUAAGGUCUGUAUGUGUCACGGAGAGCAUGUGACGCACCACAACCCACCUCUCAUGUAUGACCUUUUCCACGAUCCGUCAGAGUCUCGCCCGCUUACCCCUGAUAUUGAGCCGCGAUACGCUGAAAUCCUCGAGCAGACUGCCAAAGCUGCUGAGAGACACCGGAAUACCCUCGCAAACGAGCCGGAUGAUGCUCAUUCACACUCCAACACAGAUGCGCACACUGUUGAAAGCCAAAUGACAUGGGACAAGAUUCUGUGGAGACCCUGGCUUCAGCCUUGCUGUGGAACCUUUCCAUUCUGCGGCUGCAAAGAGGACACAAGACACAUUUAAGGGAAAAGUCCACCAGACAAAAAGUCCAUAUUGUUUGUUAAAUUGAAAAUGAAGGAACAUCCACUCUUCCUAUGUUUUUUUUUUUUUUUUUUACACACACAAGGGGAUGUAUUUUGUCUACACGUGUAUCAUUCAUUAAAUCAAAGAUCUGUUCAGUCCGUGCUCUUAUUUUUUACAGUAAGUAAGUAAGUAAAAACUGUGCUUGAAGUACAUCAUGCAAUAAACUCCAUAUUACAUGGGUUUCCAUUCCA